AGAAACACUUAAAACCAGGGGAAACCAUUGGCGCCCACGCUUUCCCGAGCUAACCUUGUUCCCCAUUCCCAUCUCUGUAAUCUCUUUUUGAUUCGUAAAUUGUAUCCAUCUAUCCUUAUAAGCUGCUACUGUGAUGAUGGGUAGUCUUUGGAUUUCGAAAAUCAAGAAAAGAGGAUGAACAUUCUGCUUCUCUUGUUCACAUGCAUUCUUGCUGCUGCACUCUUUUUCAAUCUACUCUGGGCUUCUAUCUCUUCUUCAAUCACACCUAAUUGGCCUUCCAAUCAACCCCAUCGUGUUGUUAUAGCAAAUUACUCUAUCAACGUUGAGAAUAUUAAGAAAGUAGAAAUUAAAGAAAAGAAGGCUAAUGGGGAAUCGAUCUCUCCAACGUUUGCUGAUCUACCUGCACCGGAGCUACAAUGGGAGAAGAUGACAUCAGCUCCUGUGCCACGGUUAGAUGGGUUUGCAAUACAGAUUGAGAACCUUUUCUAUGUUUUUGCAGGCUAUGGAACUAUUGAUGUUGUACACUCCCACGUAGAUGUUUAUAAUUUUACAGAUGAUUCUUGGGUAGACAGAUUUGACAUGCCUAAAGAAAUGGCAAAUUCACAUUUAGGAAUGGCAACUGAUGGCAGGUACAUAUAUGUGAUUUCCGGUCAACGUGGUCCGCAAUGCAGGGGUCCAACAGCUCAGAAUUUUGUGUUAGACACCAAGACUAAGAAGUGGACGUCAAUGCCUCCCUUACCAGCACCUAGGUAUGCUCCAGCCACUCAACUUUGGAAAGGCAGACUUCACGUGAUGGGUGGCAGCAAAGAGAAUCGCCAUACGCCUGGUGUAGAUCACUGGAGCCUUGCUGUAAAGAAUGGCAAAGCACUUGAGAAGCAAUGGCUGUUGGAAACACCCAUUCCCCGGGGUGGACCCCACAGAGCUUGUGUUGCACUUGAUGAUGGAGUUAUAGUUAUCGGUGGUCAAGAAGGGGAUUUCAUGGCUAAACCUGGGUCCCCUAUCUUCAAGUGCUCACGCAGACAUGAGGUAGUCUAUCCUGAUGUUUACAAGCUGGAUGCCGAGAUGAAAUGGGAAGUGUUACCUCCAAUGCCUAAACCUGACUCUCACAUAGAGUCUUCUUGGGUGGUUGUUAACAAUUCCAUUAUCCUCAUCGGAGGCACGACAGAGAAACACCCCGUGACUAAAAGGAUGAUCUUGGUUGGAGAAGUGUUCCAGUUUCAUCUUGAUUCAAAGAAGUGGUCAGUUAUCGGGAAACUUCCAUUUCGUUGCAAAACCACACUAGCUGCCUUUUGGGAUGGAUGGUUAUAUUUUACUUCUGGACAGAGAGAUAGAGGACCAGAUAACCCACAACCAAGGAAAGUCAUAGGAGAGAUGUGGAGAACUAAAUUGAGUUUGAGUCAGUAAUCUUGUAAUCACGAGUGUUGUAAUUUAUAAGAAGUCUUUGCAUUUCUCAAGUAAUGUUGAGCAAGAUUUUGUGUCUUUUUGUAUAGGGUUCAUGCAUAAAGAUGUGAAUCAUUCCAUGCCUGCACUGUUAUGUCUUUUAACAUCAAAUAGAAGAUCAGGGUAGGUAGCAUGACAGUGAGUUGUGGGAAUAUUUAAUGAUGGAUAUCUACAUUUUCCUCA